AUGCCAAUGUCAGCACGUAAAAUGGCGAAACCUGAUAGCUUUAAAACGGUGAUGUGUAAAGGGUGGCUUGAAAUGGGUGGUUGCGGAUUUGGACAAAAUUGUCGGUUUGCACAUGGCGAAGAAGAACUUCGUCCAACAAAAAUUCCAAUAGAUAAUCCGAAGUAUAAGACAAAACUCUGCGAUAAAUAUACGAGAACCGGCGUUUGUCCAUACGGUGACAGAUGUUUGUUCAUACAUCCGGAAAGCGCGAAUUCAAACGGCGGUCCAACGAAUCCGUAUAUUCAUCCAGAUCGUAUGAUGCAAAUUCUGAAAGAAAGAGCUGUUUCUGCCAUUAACAUAAAACGAAAUCAUGAUGAUACCGUAGCGUCGAAAAGCAUAACAUCAAUGAGGCAGUUACAAGAGGAUUCUGAACGGUUGCGUACAUUAUCGGAUAUCACGAAUAAUUCUUUUGGUGCAUUGACCUUAAUUUCCACUGCAAAUACUAUGUUUAACAGUCCAAAAGUAAGUCCGGAUUCCGGAACAGGAUUUGAUGGUGAUUCAGGUUGGGGUAUACCGACACAAAUUGCGGAUCCAUUUGAUUUUGCUAUUGAAAGCGAUAAUAUCGCUCGUUCGCUAGCAAUUGAAUUUGCAAAGCCAUUUUAG